AUGGUUGAAAGCUUUGGCGUGGUAUGCGUUGUGUGGAUCGGGUCGAUAGUGCCAUUGGGAGUCGCUGUUACUGGUGCUUUUUAUCUACUAGCCGUUGACACUACAACUUCGCACCAUGAGAGUGAGAACAUUGAUUCGAUAAAAUCGCUUCGUCAGUUUCCCGGUGUCUUCUGGCAGUUGGCCUUAAUUUGCAUACUGUGCUACGGAGGUAUCAAGACUUUCACUAUCUCUGCGCAGCGGUUCCUAGCCGCAUGGUUCUACGAUGGAGAUCAACGCAAGGCUGGAGUUGCCACAGGAACCGAUUGGACCGAUGUGUAUGUUGGGGAUAGCGUUUGCAUCUUAUGGUGUGGUAUUUUGGGCCGGGCUCGCGCGAUGUCUCCUCUCCAUCGUCGAGUCCUGCUCGUCAAAGACAAAUAUGCCAGAGACCGGUUGCAGAGCUUCAGAUGA